UUUCACUCAAGACCAAAAAAACAUAUGUCCCUAUAUAGGGUGGUAUAACUCUUUUCUUCCACCUCUUGGUUAUAGCUAGGCCACAAUGGUGUCACUGCCACUUCUAAUUAUAUGCCUUACUCUUCCCUUGCUUUUGCUAUUCUUCUUCCAAAACAGCAGAACAAUCAAGAAGCCACCCUUUCCACCUGGUCCUAGAGGCCUUCCCAUAAUAGGGAAUCUUCAUCAGUUGAAUAAUUCAGCUCUUCAUCUGCAACUAUGGCAGCUUUCAAAGAAAUACGGGCCUCUAUUCUCCCUUCAAUUAGGUUUAAGGCAAGCCAUUGUUGUUUCCUCAGCUAAAGUAGCCAAAGAGCUAUUAAAAGACCAUGACCUUGAGGUUAGUGGACGAUCUAAAUUACUUAGCCAGCAGAAAUUGUCCUACAAUGGGUUAGAGAUUAUAUUUUCCGCAUAUGGUGAGUUUUGGAGAGAAAUUAGAAAAAUUUGUGUUGUUCAUGUCCUUAGCUCCAGGCGUGUCUCAAUGUUUUCCUCAAUGAGAGAAUUUGAGAUCAAGCAAAUGAUUAGAACAAUAUCCUUGCACGCCUCAUCUUCAAAAGUUACAAAUUUGAAUGAAUUGCUAAUGUCUCUUACUAGCACUAUUAUAUGUAGAAUUGCCUUUGGGAGAAGCUAUGAAGAUGAAGGAACCGAAAGGAGUAGGUUCCAUCGGAUGCUCAAUGAGUGUCAGGCUUUGAUGAGUACCCUCUUUGUCUCAGAUUAUAUUCCUUUCUUAUGUUGGAUUGAUAAACUGAGGGGACUACUGCAUGCACGUCGUGAACGGAAUUUCAAGGUGUUGAAUGAGUUCUACCAAGAAGUCAUUGAUGAACACAUGAAUCCUAAUAGAAAGACUCCAGAGAACGAGGAUAUAGUAGAUGUGUUACUCCAACUGAAGAAGCAGCGUUCAUUUUUCGUAGAUCUCUCAAAUGAUCACAUCAAAGCGGUGCUUAUGGACAUGCUUGUAGGAGCAACGGAUACAGCUACAGCCAUGACAGUGUGGGCUAUGACUGCACUACUGAAAAAUCCAAGAGUAAUGAAGAAAGUUCAAGAAGAGAUUAGGAAUUUGGGAGGUAAGAAAGAUUUUCUAGGUGAAGAAGAUGAUAUUCAAAAGUUUCCCUAUUUCAAGGCUGUAUUAAAAGAGGUAAUGAGAUUGCAUCUACCAGCACCACUUCUUUCACCAAGAGAAACAAAUGAAGCAUGUAUUAUAGAUGGUUAUGAAAUUCCAGCCAAGACAAUAGUGUAUGUGAAUGCUUGGGCUAUCCAUAGAGACCCUAAAGCUUGGAAAGACCCUGAAGAGUUUUUACCAGAGAGGUUCUUGGAUAAUACUAUAGAUUUUCGAGGGCAAGAUUUUGAGUUAAUUCCAUUUGGUGCUGGUCGUAGAAUUUGCCCUGGGGUAUCUAUGGCAACUGCCACAUUGGAUCUUAUUCUUGCUAAUCUUCUUAACUCGUUUGAUUGGGAUUUGCCAGCAGGAAUGAAAAAAGAAGACAUCGAUACUGAAGUGUUGCCAGGACUUGCUCAGCAUAAAAAGAAUCCCCUCUGUGUUCUGGCCAAGUGCCAAAUCUGACAGUUUGUUACUUUGUUGAACAAAAAUGUAUUAAUAUUGUUUAUACCCUGCCCAUUAGCAUAGGGCAGGUAAAUAACAGCAUGGUGAUGUUUUGUGGAUU